UUAUUUUAAACGUUCCUAAGAAAAAUAAUAAUCAUGGAUAAAUACACUAUAAAAAAUUUACGUGAGGUGUUAAGUGAAUACAAUAAAAAGAAUAAAAGAAUUCUAGAGAAGAAAAUUACUAAUUUAACUGCUCCCGGGGAAAACUUUGGGAGUACAAUGUUAAAGUAUUCGACAAAAGAAUCAGACCACAUUUGGCGGAUUACCAUCCGUUCGACGUUAUUCACGAAAAUGAACACAGUUCAAUGUUCAUUGAAAUUCUUCAAGAAUCAGAUAAAUGUACGCCCUGGAUAUCAAAAGUUAAACAUAUUUUCGAGAACAUGAAGACAAUACGAGAUGCACCGCCAAAAGAACUGUUCGCCACCGUGACUCAUAGGGAUACUUGGAUAAAUAACACUAUGGUAAAAUUUGAAAACGGCGUACCUGUCAGCAACAAACUACUUGACUUUCAACUUUGCGACUAUAAAUCUCCACCCACAGACUUGUUCUUCUUUCUCUUCGUUAGUGUUCAACUACCCGUGCUUCGGAACAAUUUGGACGGUUUGAUUGAAUUUUAUCAUAAACAUUUCAUUUCCAAUUUGGAGAAGUUAAAAUGUGAAACUGCUCCUUUUAGCUUACCCAAGUUUUUAGAAGAAAUGAAAGCCGCGACGCCAGUUGAAGCCUUACAUUGUAUGGGAAUGACGUCAUUUGUAGUUCUUGGGGAAAAAGGAGGCCCUUCAACAGAAUAUGACCUGUCAGUACCAUCCAAUUUCGAAAAAAUGAAGACCAACAUCAGCACAGCCGCUAAGGAGAAAAUAUGGUAUUUAACCAAAGUGUGCGGCACAAAAGGGUGGCUAGAUUGAAAUUAUGUAGGUAGUGCAAUA